AUGGACACCUUCAACCUCUCCCUCCUCCCGAUCCUCCUCCUCGCAACCCUCCCCUCCUCCUCCACGACGCCCCUCCACACCGCCGCGGCGCUGAACACCGACACAGACCCAGAUCCAGACACAGACACGGACACAGAUACAGAUACAGAUACAUGGCUAUCAUCCCUCUCGUCUAUGCUGGGGAUCUUGCGGGAAGCGUGUCGGGUCUGUCUGGGCAUGCAGACCGGGCUGGGCAAUCCGAAUGCCUUGAAUCAGGGCGAGUUCCCGGCCUGUGCCGCCAUGACGACGGGGUACGUCUUCCGCGUCGAGAACCAAGCGACGGUCAUGUAUCUCCAGAAAGUCGGGCGGACGGGCCACCUGACGACUCUGGACGUUCAUCAUCCCCGGCCAGGGCCUCGCCCUUCUUCUUCUUCUUCUUCUUCUCAAAAGGGCGCCCCUCACAAUAACAACAACAACAACGACAAGAAGAAGCCCCGGUGGCCCUUCUCCUCCUUCCCCCGCCGUGUCGUCUCGCUCUCUAGCAUGCCCGUCCUGCUGCUGAUCACCAGCCUCGCGCUCUUCCCGCCAUCCGGCCGCACGGGCCCGGCUCUCGCGACAUCUCUCGCCCUCAUCAUUAUCUCACGCGUCCUCACCAUCAUCUCCCUGCGCGCCCGCACAUCGCCGGCGUCAUGGCACGGCGCCCCCGAGCCCGGCGUCCGGGGCGACCUGCUGAUCCUGCUCAGCGAGGACCGCUGGAUCCGCAUGCGGGGCCUGGUCGACGACCUCAAAGCCGUCACCUCAGGGGCGUGGCUGGCGCGCCCCACAGCUCGGCCCGUCUGGAUGAUGGAUGCGCUGGACGGGAUCGCCGCCGUGCUGGUGUACCUCGCCGUCGUGGCGCUGGGCGGGGCGAGCGACGGCGAGAAAGUUGCGCUGGUGGGCGCCGUCGUGGCGAGUCAUGUGCUCCUCAUGUACGAGAAUUCCACCGCGGACGAGUUGGUCAUGAACGGGAGGACGGUCACGGGCGCAGCCAGGCCCGGGAACGUCAAGAAGUACGCGCGGCGGUUGGACAUGGCGGAGGAAUUGGUCGAGGAGGUGGGCAGGAGUGAUUUUGCCGUGAGGUUGGGGCUGAUCAAUCCAGAUCAGAGGGGAGAGGCAAAGAAGAAACAGGCCGCCGAGACAAAGGGUGGUGGAGGUCCUGGGGAGGAAGUGGUCACGAUGUAG